CAGUUUUCUGUAGACAAUCUAACGAACCUCUCUCUCUCUCUCUCUCUCUCUCUAACCUCUCUCUCACAAACUGCAACUCUGUGUGUGCAUAUAUAUAUAUAUAUAUACAGUACAGGGAAUCGAGUUGAAAGAGGAAUUGCAAUGGCGGUGAAUUGGGGAUCGAUGGAGGAGUUCUUGAGCCAGUGCAAGCAGUCCGGCGACUCGGCGUACGGAGCUCUCCGAUCACUGCUCCAGAGGCUCGAGGAUCCGAAGACCCGAACGGAGGCUCGGAUCUUUCUGUCGGACCUACAGAAGCGGUUCGACAGCAAGGAGGAUUCCGACCAAUGCCUCCAGACCUUCCAUUUCCACAUCCAAGACAUCCACCUCGAGCACUACGAAGGUUAUCAAAGAAGGAAAAAGUUGACAAUGAUGGUGAUCCCCAGCAUCUUUAUCCCAGAAGAUUGGUCUUUCACUUUUUAUGAGGGACUGAAUAGGCAUCCUGAUUCUAUCUUCAAGGACAAGACAGUGGCCGAACUUGGUUGUGGAAAUGGAUGGAUAUCCAUUGCCAUUGCUGAGAAAUGGUCACCUUUGAAGGUUUAUGGACUUGAUAUCAAUCCAAGAGCUGUAAAGAUUUCCUGGAUAAACUUAUAUCUAAAUGCUCUAGAUGAGAAUGGUCAACCUGUCUAUGAUGAAGAGGGGAAAACUUUAUUGGAUAGAGUGGAGUUCCAUGAGUCUGACCUGCUAUCUUACUGUAGAGAUCAUCACAUAGAACUCGAACGAAUUGUGGGAUGCAUACCUCAGAUACUUAACCCUAACCCAGAUGCAAUGUCCAAGAUGAUUACAGAAAAUGCAAGCGAGGAAUUUCUAUACUCACUGAGUAACUAUUGUGCACUUCAGGGCUUUGUUGAGGAUCAGUUUGGCCUAGGUUUAAUUGCCAGAGCUGUUGAAGAAGGUAUUGCAGUCAUUAAACCCUUGGGGAUUAUGAUCUUUAAUAUGGGAGGCCGCCCAGGACAAGGUGUUUGUAAGCGCUUGUUUGAACGACGUGGUCUUUGUGUUAACAAGCUUUGGCAGACUAAAAUUCUUCAGGCAUCUGAUACAGAUAUUUCAGCCUUAGUUGAAAUCGAGAAGAAUAGUCCACACCGUUUUGAGUUCUUCAUGGGGCUGGCAGGAGAUCAGCCAAUUUGUGCUCGGACAGCAUGGGCCUACGGAAAGGCUGGUGGUCGUAUAUCUCAUGCUUUAUCAGUUUACAGUUGUCAACUCCGUCAACCAAAUCAGGUUAAGGUUAUUUUUGAUUUUCUCAAAAAUGGGUUCCAUGAUAUCAGCAAUUCUUUAGAUUUAUCAUUCGAGGAUGAGUCUGUUGCGGAUGAGAAGAUUUCAUUCCUGGCUUAUCUUGCCAGUGUUAUGAAAAAGAGCUCAUUUUUUCCAUAUGAGCCGGCUGCUGGAAGCAAAAGAUUUCGCAAUCUCAUUGCAGGGUUCAUGAAAACUUACCACCAUAUUCCGCUUAAUGUCAAUAAUGUCAUCACAUUUCCUUCAAGGGCUGUGGCGAUAGAGAAUGCUCUACGAUUAUUUUCACCCAAACUUGCCAUUGUUGAUGAACAUCUGACCCAACACCUGCCAAGGCAUUGGUUAACUUCAUUGGCAAUUGAGAAUACAGAGACUGAUAAACUCUCAGAGGAUGUGCUCACUGUAAUUGAAGCCCCACGUCAGUCAGAUUUGAUGAUAGAGUUGAUUAAAAAGUUGAAACCACAAGUGGUAGUUACUGGAAUGGCUCAAUUUGAGGCAAUUACUAGUUCUGCCUUUGAGCACCUUUUAGAUACUACAAGAGAAAUUGGGUCUCGUAUUUUCUUAGAUAUAUCUGAUCACUUUGAGCUAUCCAGCCUACCCAGCUCAAAUGGGGUCCUGAAAUAUCUUGCAGGAACCCCUCUUCCUCCUCAUGCCUCAAUUGUUUGUGGUCUAUUAAAAAAUCAGGUUUAUUCAGAUUUGGAAGUAGCUUUUGUGAUAUCAGAAGAGGAGACCAUCUUUAAAGCAUUAUCCAAGACGGUGGAACUAUUAGAAGGGAAUACUGCACCAAUAAGCCAAUACUAUUAUGGCUGUAUCUUCCAUGACCUUCUAGCCUUUCAGCUUGCUGGUCGACAUCUACCCUCAGAGAGAGAAGGUGUGAAGAUGAAAAGCGGUGAGAUGAUCGGAUUUGCUAGUUCUGCCAUCUCUGUUCUUGAUCAUGCUGAGUUGUCAAUAACUGAGACAGAUAAUUCUUCCCUUGUCCAUAUGGAUGUGGAUCAAAGCUUUUUGCCUAUACCAUCUGCUGUCAAGGCUGCUAUUUUCGAAAGUUUUGCAAGGCAGAACAUUGCUGAAGCAGAAAUUGAUGUGACAACCAGCAUCAGACAAUGUAUUAAGAGAAACUAUGGCUUCCCAACUGUUAGUGAGACAGAAUUCAUAUAUGCUGACUGCCCAUUGCCUCUUUUCAAUAAGCUUGUCCUCUGCUGCAUCCAAGAAGGUGGAACUUUGUGCUUUCCUGCUGGCUCUAAUGGGAAUUAUGUCUCUGCUGCCAGAUUUCUGAAAGCAAAUAGUGUGAUCAUCCCUACUGAAUCUGAUGUAGGGUUUAAAUUGACAGAGAAAGUACUUACCAAGACAUUUGAGACUGUAAAUAAGCCGUGGCUCUACAUAUCUGGUCCGACAAUCAACCCAACUGGCCUGAUUUACAGCAACAAAGAGAUGGAAAAUAUAUUGAAUAUAUGUGCUAAAUUUGGGGCAAGAGUCAUACUUGAUACUUCAUUCUCAGGAUUUGAAUAUGACCCAAGGGGCCAGGAUGAUUGGCACUUGGAGCAGAGUUUAGCAAAACUAAACUCUUCGGCUGAACCAUCUUUCUGUGUAUCUCUGCUUGGACGAGUGGAUUUUAAGAUUCUUACUGGAGGCCUCACAUUUGGGUUUUUAGUUCUGAACCAGCCUUCCUUAGUUGAAACAUUACAUAGCUUUUCAGGACUAAGCAAACCUCACGGCACUCUCAAAUACACUGUGAAGAAGUUGCUGGAUCUUAGAGAGCAGAAUGCAGGAGGCCUAUUGUAUGCCAUUUCAGAACAAGGGAAACUUCUGGAAAGUAGAUCUAAGCGCUUGAAAGAGGUUCUUGAGAACUGUGGAUGGGAGGUGCUUGAAGCCCAUGCUGGCGUUUCCAUGGUGGCAAAGCCAUCUGCCUACCUUGGCAAGAAUGUCACACUAGAAAAAGACGGCACCACUUUCAAAGCCACACUCGAUGACUCAAAUAUCAGGGAAGCCAUGCUCAAGGCCACUGGGCUAUGCAUCAACAGCGCUUCAUGGACUGGAAUUCCUGGCUACUGCCGGUUCACAAUCGCCUUGGAAGACAGCGAAUUCGAGUGCGCCUUGGAUUGCAUUGUCAGGUUUAAAAAUGUCGUUAAGACCUAAAAUUGUCUACCAUUGUCAGCUCCAAUCACAUUUUUUUUGGGGCUAAGAACUCCAAUCUGAAUUCUUGUUUUGACAACUUGGGUGUCCCGAUAUAAACUGACCCCCUUGUUGAGACUUCCACUUAUGUGGGGAGUCUAUACAAAAUCAAAAUGCAGUCUUCAUCUCUUGGUUCCUGGUUUAGGAUCCAUUUCUGACAAACUACACCUGUUGAAUUGCUGCUUCAUAAGAAGAAAUUUGGUUUUCAUAUUUAUUAUCAAUACUAUUAAUAUCUUUUGAGGCCCA